GAUCAUCACUUAGCUUGUUCAGUUCUCUGCACCGAGAAAUAAAAGAUAAAAGCAAAACAAAGGGAAAAAAAAACCCUAGCUCUUUAUCUUGCUUUUAAUUUCCACUAGCUUAUAUAUAUCCAGUUUUCUAGAAAUGGCCCAAGCUGCCCUCAUUAACAACGAUGAGCAGAUUGUUCGUCCAGUUGCCAAUUUCUCUCCAAGUCUUUGGGGUGAUAGUUUCCAUUCAUUCUCUGUUGACAAUCAGGUGGCAGAAAAAUAUGGUCAAGAGAUUGAAACAUUAAAGGAGGAAACAAGGAGUAUGUUGGCAGCAGCUUGUGAAAGAUCAUUGACUGAAAAGCUGAAUCUGAUUGAUACUGUUGAGCGCCUUGGCUUAGCUUAUCAUUUUGAGAAACAAAUAGAAGACAUGUUGGAUCAAAUUUAUAAAGCGGAUCCAAACUUUGAAGGUCAUCAGUACAAUGAUUUGUACACUUGUACCCUUCAAUUUCGAAUGUUGAGACAACAUGGUUACAAUAUCUCCCCAAAAAUUUUCAGCAGAUUCCAAGAUGCAAACGGCAAAUUCAAGGAGUCUCUUAGUAAUGAUGCAAAGGGUCUAUUGAGCUUAUACGAAGCUUCACAUGUAAGGACUCAUGGAGAGGAUAUUUUGGAAGAGGCGCUUGUUUUUUCCACUGCUCAUCUUGAAUCUAUAGCUCCACAUUUGAAGUCACCUCUGAAUAACCAAGUGACGCAUGCCCUUGAGCAGUCUUUGCAUAAAAGCAUUCCAAGAGUCGAGACGCGUUACUUCAUCUCUAUCUAUGAAGAGGAGGAACUGAAAAAUGAUGUGCUACUUCGAUUUGCUAAAUUGGAUUACAACUUACUUCAGAUGUUGCAUAAACAAGAACUCAGCGAAGUAUCAAGGUGGUGGAAAGAUUUGGAUUUUGUGACGACACUUCCAUAUGCUAGGGAUAGAGCAGUUGAAUGUUACUUUUGGACGAUGGGGGUGUAUGCUGAACCUCAAUAUUCUCAGGCUCGUGUCAUGCUUGCUAAGACUAUAGCAAUGAUUUCGAUAGUAGAUGACACAUUCGAUGCUUAUGGCAUUGUAAAAGAACUUGAGGUCAACACUGAUGCCAUACAGAGGUGGGAUAUUGGUCAAAUUGAUCGACUCCCGGAUUACAUGAAAAUCAGUUUUAAAGCUCUUAUAGACCUUUAUGAAGAUUAUGAAAAGGAAUUGUCAAAAGACGGCAGAUCCUACGUUGUCCACUAUGCGAAAGAAAGAAUGAAGGAGAUUGUGAGAAACUAUUUUGUCGAAGCAAAGUGGUUCAUUGAGGGAUAUAUGCCACCUGUUUCUGAGUAUCUUAACAAUGCAUUAGCUACCAGCACAUAUUACUUGCUAACUACAACAUCCUACUUGGGAAUGAAGGCAGCAACCAAGGAAUAUUUUGAGUGGUUGGCUACGAACCCUAAAAUACUGGAAGCCAAUGUAACAUUAUGUCGAGUUGUUGAUGACAUUGCCACGUAUGAGGUUGAGAAGGGUAGGGGCCAGAUUGCUACAGGAAUUGAGUGUUAUAUGAGGGAUUAUGGCGUAUCAACAGAAGUAGCAAUGGAAAAAUUCCAAGAAAUGGCUGAGAUAGCAUGGAAGGAUGUGAAUGAAGGAAUUCUUCGACCAACUCCUGUUUCUACAGAAAUUCUCGCUCGUAUUCUCAAUCUCGCACGUAUUAUCGAUGUCACUUACAAACACAAUCAAGAUGGAUACACUCAUCCAGAAAAGGUUCUAAAACCUCACAUCGUUGCUUUACUGGUGGACUCCAUUGAAAUCUAAACCAUUGAGUGCUUUUUUAAUCUAGAUGAUUGUUUUUUUUUAAUAAAUAAAGGAUAUGUGUUCUUCUCUAUAUAAGCAACUUGAAUUUCCUAGUUCUGUUCAAACCCUGUAUUGUUCUUUACGUCUGAAUAAUAUAAUUUUGUUUGCCUAA